CCUUUGUCUCUCUAGACAUUUUCCUUCGAACCGAACAGCCCAAAUUUUUCCCGGAAAAUUCCAAAAAUGGACUCGACGCCAAUUAACUGGGAAGCCCUAGACGCUCUCAUCAUCGAUUUCGCCAAAUCGGAGAAGCUAGUCGAAGACUCCUCCACUUUUACGACGUCGUCUUCCCCGCCCUCUUCCCCUCCGUCUUCCUCUUCCCCCUCCUCUAUCUCCUCCUCGUCGUACCACUCGAGAUUGAUCAUUCGUCAGAUCAGACGGUCGCUAGAGGCCGGUCACAUUGACGCCGCCAGUCUCCUCCGCUCCCACGCCCCUUUCAUUCUCGACGAUCACAGGCUCCUCUUCCUCUUGCAGAAACAGAGGUUUAUUGAGCUAUUGAGGAGAGGGACCACAGAGGAUCGUGAUUCUGCAAUCAAUUGCUUGAGGAAUGCUCUUGCUCCGUGUGCCCUCGACGCUUAUCCGGAAGCUUAUGGGGAAUUCAAGCAUGUACUGCUUGCUUUUAUAUAUGACAAAGAAGACCACUCUUCUCCGGUAGCGACUGAGUGGUCUGAAAAGAGGAGGUUUGACAUUGCCGGAUUAGUUUCCACUGUCUUGAGAGCUUAUUUACAUGCUUAUGAUCCGGUCUUCUCGAUGACCUUGAGAUAUUUGAUAAGCAUCCACAAAGGAUUUUGUUUUCGUCAAGGAAUUUCGUCGCCUAUUUCAGAUCUUACACAUAGAUUACUUCUUGAGGAGCGUGACCCCCCUGCAACACCCCAGGAGAGCUUGUUUGAAGCACCUCCUUUUGAUGAGGUGGACAUACAAGCCCUUGCACAUGCUGUAGAGCUCACGAGACAGGGAGCUGUAGAUAGUUUGAGAUUUGCCAAGGGUGAUUUAUUUCAGGCGUUUCAGAAUGAAUUAUGCAGAAUGAGAUUUGAUGUUGCCAUGCUUGACGAGCUGGUUCGUGAGUAUUGCGUUUACAGGGGCAUUGUGGAUUCUGGUUUUGCAACUUCUUCUGCGUCUGGGGUGCAAAGCCUUUCCAAAUCUUUGAAAGUUGAUCAACUGGUGAUUGGGCAUUCUCUGUCAAGAGACUGUUCUCAUGAGGUCGAUUAUGGAGCCAGCAAACAUUCUGAUGGUGAGAUUUCUGUUAGUAAUGAUAAUCUAGGUGGUUCCCCUGGAAAGAGUUCUGAUGUGACGAGCAUGCAAGGAAUGGAUAUUGAAAUGCGUUACGUUUGUGAGCCAUCGAGCACUAAUGAAGAUUGUAGCACCAGUGGAUCACAUCAGCCUGAUAAACUCAGAGUUUUACAAAGAAGACCCAGUGCACCUGCAGAAAGAAGUAAACGCAAGCGAUGGAGGGGAAGACAAGAUGAUCUUGAUUUUACUCCUGGCAUUUCCUGUAAGGAGAUGAGUAAAGAUUCUAAAGAGCUUAGCACAAUUGACCUGGUUUCCGAUACGUAUUCAUCAAGGGAACAGCAGGCUUCAGAAUGCUUAAGUUUAGGCCUUGACAAUGUGGAGGACAAGUAUGAGAUUGUGAUUGGGAUGAAGGAACUAGCUAGCAAAGGAAUGGCUGCGGAGGUUGUGGAAGAAGUUAAUUCUAUGGACCCAAAUUUUUUUGUACAAAAUCCUGUUUUGCUCUUCCAACUUAAGCAGGUUGAAUUCCUUAAGCUUGUCAGCUCAGGUGAUCAUUCUACUGCUCUGAGGGUUGCAUGCUCUCAUUUAGGUCCUUUAGCUGCAAGUGAUCCAGCUUUACUGAAGCCCUUGAAGGAGACUUUGUUAGCACUGCUCCAACCUAAUGAAGAUGCACUUGGGAAAGGCUUGCCCUUACAUGCUCUUGCAACUUCACUCCAGGUUGCGAUUGGUAGGAGGCUUGGCAUUGACGAGCCCCAGCUUAUGAAAAUAAUAAGAGCAACCCUUCACACCCAUAAUGAGUGGUUUAAACUUCAAAUGUGUAAAGACCACUUCGAAAGCCUAUUAAAGAUUGAUUCCUUGAAAGAAGUUAAUACUCCUUCGCUUGCUGCUGCCGCUGCUUCCAAGUCAAAUGCAGAUAGUUGCUCUAAUGGGUCUUCCCAAGUUACAGUAUCUUCAAGCACAAGGAUGGUGGAAGAUGGUAUCAGCCUGACUCAAGUGUCGUCUAGAGAUGUUGUGUGUGAUGAAAAUGCCAUACUAAAAGUAAUGGAAUUUCUAGCGUUGCCCAGGGCUGAUGCUAUCCAUCUUCUUGCACAAUACAACGGAAAUGCCGAGACAGUCAUUCAACAGAUAUUCGCAUAGUUUGUAUUGUAGCCGGUUUUGCAGAUACGUAUAAUUAAUUUUUGCUUAUUAUUUGAUUCAAUUUGUGCAUAGAGUUUCUAAUUUAGGUAGACAGACAUACGCGUAGUUGUUGAAACAGAGGUACAGUACGGUAGCAUUUAUUGUUAACACUUAGGCUGUUCUUGUACAUUGUCAUAUGGGGAUAAUCGUCUGAGAAGAGCAGCCAUUAAUAAAACACUUGGUUGAUAUAAAGACGAAGAGGUGCUUGUUGGAUAGUUGGAUUGAUUUUAUUUCAUGGAAUUUUCUCU